AUGAGGCGGGAACCCAGCAGGGUAGGGCCUGGGGGAAGGAGCGUGGGGGCCUCGGCUGGGGUCCGAGCGCUGCCCACCGGUGUCCCAGUCUGCCCGAGGGCCAGCCCUCUCCCCGCCCGCGGGAAGUGCGCUCUCCAGGCCCCUGCGCGGCCCUUCCUUGCUCUGCUGCUUCUGGUUUCCAUCAAGCAAGUUGCAGGAUCUCUCCUUGAGAAGACAACUCGAAAGUGGGCUCAGUACAAAGAGAAGUGCCUGAGAGACUUGCUCAAAGAACCUUCUGGCAUGCAUUGUAACGGAACCUUCGAUCAGUACGUAUGCUGGCCUCAUUCUUCUCCGGGAAAUGUUUCCGUCCCCUGCCCUUCGUACUUGCCUUGGUGGCGUGAAGAGAGCUCGGGAAGGGCCUACAGACACUGCCUGGCUCGGGGCGCCUGGCGGACGCUGGAGAACUCCACGGACAUCUGGCAGGAUGACUCCGAGUGCUCCGAGAACCACAGCUUCAAAGAAAACGUGGAACACCAUGCCUUGCUGUCGACCUUGCAGCUGUUGUACACCGUGGGGUACUCUCUCUCCAUUGUCUCCCUCCUCCUGGCUCUCACUCUCCUCUUGUUUCUUCGAAAACUCCACUGCACACGCAACUACAUCCACAUGAACUUGUUCGCCUCUUUCAUCCUGAGAGCCCUGGCGGUGCUGGUGAAGGACGUCAUCUUACACAGCUCGUACUCCAGGAGGCCCGACAGUGAGAACCAGUGGGUGUCCUACGUGUCAGAGAUGUCCGCCUCCUGCCGCUCAGCCCAGCUGCUCCUGCACUACUUCGUGGGUGCCAAUUACUCGUGGCUCCUGGUGGAAGGUCUUUACCUCCACUCGCUGCUGGAGCCCUCAGUGGUUUCUGAAAGGCGCCUAUGGCCCACAUACCUGCUGGUGGGUUGGGCCUUCCCACUGCUAUUUGUCGUGCCCUGGAGUAUUGCCCGUGCCCGGCUGGAGGACACAGGGUGCUGGGGAACCAAUGUGAAUAAGAAAAUCUGGUGGAUCAUCCGAGGACCCAUGCUGCUUUGCGUAACAGUCAAUUUUUUCAUCUUCCUGAAAAUUCUCAAGCUUCUCAUUUCUAAACUCAAAGCCCAUCAAAUGUGCUUCAGAGAUUAUAAAUACAGAUUGGCAAAAUCAACGCUGGUUCUUAUUCCUUUAUUGGGUGUUCACGAGAUUCUCUUCUCUUUUGUCACUGAUGACCAAGUUCAAGGAUAUUCAAAACUCGUCCGACUCUUCGUUCAGUUGACGCUGAGCUCCUUCCACGGACUACUUGUGGCCUUGCAGUACUGUUUUGCCAAUGGAGAGGUGAAGGCCGAGCUGCGGAAGCACUGGGCCCGCUUCCUGCUGGCCCACCACUCGGGCUGCAGAGCCUGCGUCCUGGAGAAGAACUUCCGAUUCCUGGGCAAGUGUCCCAAGCAGCUGUCCAGGGGAGGCGGAGCCCGGACGCUGCAGAGGCCGCAGUCCGCGCCCGGCAGGGGCCCGCUCCUGCAGCUCACCGUGCAGCGCCCCGGGGAGCCGGGCGCCCGGGCCCCCCCGGGCCGCGCAGCCUGGCGCUGGGGCAGCAGGCUGUCGGAGAGCAGCGAGGGGGACUUCACCCUGGCCCACACCACGGAGGAGGUCCUGGAGGAGAGCGAGAUGUAG